CAUCUUUCAUGAGAAAGCAUCAUCGCAGACGUCCACGCGCAUUCGUCUGCUCGCGCGCGCACGUCACAGUCUAUUGUGAGCGGCGCUCGUGCGGAAGCGAGGAGGCGCAGAAUCACGGUCGUGAUUUUAAGAAAAACUCACAUUUGAACCGAAUCAGCGUGUGUAAGAGUGGAUUUACCCCCUUGUCAAGAUGUGCACCCGGUGUUGUCUGUCACAGCUGGCCUGCUGUUGUGGCUCGGCCGCCUGCGCGCUCUGCUGCAGCUGCUGUCCCAAGAUCAAACAGUCCACGUCCACCCGCUUCAUGUACGCACUGUUUUUCAUCCUGGUCACUGUCACUUGCGUCAUCAUGAUGUCACCCACUGCGGAGCAGAAAAUGCGAGAACACAUUCCGUUCUACACCACAAUGUGCGAUCAGCUCAAAGCCGGGGAGAACUGCAGCACUCUAGUGGGCUUUUCAGCUGUCUAUAAAGUCUGUUUCGGGAUGGCCUGCUUUUUCUUCUUCUUCUUCGUGUUCACCAUUCGGGUGCGAACCAGCACGGAAUGCCGGGCGGCCGUCCACAACGGAUUCUGGUUCCUGAAAUUUGUGGCGUUGCUGGCCUGCUGUGCUGGAGGAUUCUUUCUCCCAAAUCAAGACAAGUUUCUAGAAGCGUGGCGUUAUGUGGGGGCCGCUGGCGGGUUUAUCUUCAUCCUCAUCCAGCUGAUGCUUCUCGUCCAGUUUGCUCACAGAUGGAAUCAGAACUGGAGCUCAGGGGUCAAGUAUAAUAAAAUCUGGUACGCAGCUCUAGCUCUGGUCACACUGGUGCUGUUCUCCAUAGCGGUGGGAGCCAUGGUCUUCAUGAUCAUUUACUACACGCAUGCCGAGGCCUGCUUCCUCAACAAACUCUUCCUGGGAGUCAACGGCGGCCUGUGCUUCGUCGUCUCCAUGCUGGCCAUCUCGCCCUGCAUCCAGACGUUUCAGCCCACCUCAGGACUUCUGCAGCCUGCGGUCAUCAGCGUCUAUGUCAUGUACCUCACCUUCUCCGCCCUUGCCAGUAAACCCAUUGAGACUGUGCAGGAAGACAGUAGAAAUGUCACUGUGUGCGUCUUUCCCUUCAAAACGAGGACGAGUGACACCAACAUAGUGACGGGUGUCGGCACGGUCAUAAUGUUCGGCUGCAUUCUGUACUCUUGUUUGAGCUCCACCACCAAGAGGAGCUCAGCGGCAUUGCGCGUUUACACCAACGAAGACAUGCCAGAGAAUGAGAGAGCACGCUGCUGCUUCUGUUGCACGGAUGAUGCAGAGGACUAUGACGAUGAGAAGACAGCAGGAGGGCAGAACGUGAUGUAUGACGAGAAAGAAGGAACCGUCUACAGCUACUGCUGCUUCCAUUUCGUCUUCUUCCUCGGCUCGCUCUACAUCAUGAUGACAGUAACCAACUGGUUUCAUUACGACACUGCAAGAAUCGAGCAGCUGUUUAACGGGAGCUGGUCUGUCUUCUGGAUCAAGAUGGCAUCCUGUUGGGUCUGUCUUUUCCUCUACAUUUGGACGCUGAUAGCUCCCAUGCUCUUCCCAAAGCGAUUUCAAGCCUAGACAUCCUUCACACGUAAUCACCAUCACCGCUGUCCAACUACUGUGUGUGUGAGAGAAAGAGUUUUAGUUUUGUACUUUGAUAACGCAAGUUUAUAUUGCAUGAAUUUGUAGCUUUCAAAAGGUCACAGUUUUACAGAGAGCUGUUACAGAAAUCACGUUACAUGUUACGUUAUAUGCUGACGUAGUCUUUCUUUACUCGUUGUAACAUGAAGGUAUUUAAACGAACGCAUCGCUCAGGCGCACGCUUCACCUGUAAGUGUCUUGCUUCUUAUUCUGCGUUCACACCAAACACGAAUUAAGCGAUUUGCACGAGUAAAUUACACCGAAAGUCGACGCAAAGAUGCGAACGCGCGUCCACCGUGUCUUCUGCGGAAGCUGAACAUUUUCCGCGUUUGGUGUGAACACGGCAUUACAUGCUUUUCUUUUGGUAGCUGAAGGAUUCUAUGCAAAUCGACAAACCAUCUGUGAUUGUCAUUCAAGAGUUUUUCCGCCUCUCUGGAAGUAUUUUAAAAUGUUUUACAGUGUGUUUUAUUAUUAGAGCAUUUCAGAAGUACAUUUAACUAAUUGAAAUACGGCAAGGUGCACAAUUAAUGUGCAGGACUAGGCAUACAUGCACAUUUUCAAAAUGAAAUAGUCCAAAGAAACAUUCCUAGCAUCGCAGGAAAGCAGUUUGAAUGAAAAGGUCUUUAUACUGCCGUUAUGUCCGUCAGCGGAAUCCAGUGUAGAUUUAUUGAAUAAAUGUGUGCAUGAGGUCGCGUUACCGUAUUUACACCAUCGUAGCCUCUUGGUAAAACCACACCAGAAUGCAGACAGUAUUUCCAGAUGAAUCGGCAGCAUUCCUACUGUAAAUCAUACUUUACCUUAAAGCCAUAAGCUCAGGAGAGUUAAUGUUACAUGUUUGGAGUGAUCCUUUUUCAGUGAAAUAUGCUAUUUUCGGGAAAGCACGUGAUUAGAACUACCAGUAAAAGUUUGUCUAAUGACUAGAGCCACAACAUGAGCUGAAAAAUCCCAAACUACCCCAGCCUGUCAGCAGACCCACAACGUCAUUGACGAUACAGAAUAACAAGAAAUGUUUUUUUUUUGUUACUAUUUAAAUGGUGCUUUUUAGGCCUUGGGUGUACUUUGUUUUUCUAUAAAAUCGCGGCUUAUACUUUCAAGCAUACCAGUUGGCAAAAAAGAACCUAUUUUUGUCAUCGUUUGUACCUUAAAGCAUUGUUCGUGAACAGUUUUGUACAGCGACUAUUUAAUCUUUCAGUCAGAGGUUUUCAUUGACAUAAAUGCAUGUCUAUAUUUCCUGUAUUAAUUAUUGAUCAAUAUAAGGUCUUUGUUUGUGGUGUUACAUAGAUUCAGGCACUGCCUGUAUUUUAGACGUGACAUAGCAUUCUUGAUGCUCCCCAGUGUAUCGCGAAGUGGCAUUGUGGUCUAUAAAAGACAGAAUCUAGAACUGGAAUUAUUCCUUAUUUUCUGUGUAGCAGUUGUAGCACUAUGAGGGACAGGAUUGCGUUAUUGACCAAACUACAGACAAACCAAAUUCUUGUUUACUUUCAUUCAUUUAGCAGAUGCGCUUUUAUCCAAGGCGACAUUUAACAUUUUGUCUACGGAGCAAAGAAUAAGCAGUCAUCCGUGUGAAUCUGUGUCUCUGAAGUAACUUCUCUCAAACACCUGCUCAUUUUACAGUCGAAAUUGGCCUUGUUUGUAACAAUCGAUUAACAGAACGUAACGGAUUGCCUUAAACACUACAUGCUAUAAAUGUAUAUACUGUUUUAUCAAAACAUUUCUUUGACAUUUUAAGUUGACUUUUUCCUCUAUUUUUACCUGUGAAUACUUUGGUGCUUGUUUUUAUCUAUGUUAAUGUGGGUUUAACUUUUCCUUAUGCUGCUUUUAUUUACAAAUAUAUUCUGACCAUAAAUGCUACAUUGAGUUGAAAUACGUGCUUUAUUGUAUAUAGUCCAUGCUAAGGAUAGUUGAGCUGAUACUGUUACCACUGAUCACGCAUGAAGUCAUCAUUCUUCCAAAAAAUAUGUACGAUUACAAAUUGUUCUUUCCUCAUUUGUGUUGAUUUUUAUAUUCAUUAUGAAUAUAAAUAUAGUCAUAUGAGGUUACGAAUUCAAUGUUCUUUUUAAUGUUUUUAUUGAUAUUGCAGGUUCUUUCAAUAAAAAGACAAAUGGAUAAAA